CUUCUCUUUAUAAGCCCGCAGUGCCCGGAUGUGAAUGGAUUACAAUGUAUCUUUCAGGGAAACCUAUUAUUAUCAAUGUGACUCCACGGGGGAGUCAAUGGUGAUGAUGAUGAUGAGGAGGAUGAUGAUGAUGAUGAGACACCUCUAAACUUGGAACAAGUUUAAGACUUUAUAAGAGAAGAAAAAAAAACCACCAACAAGAUUUGUUUGAGGAGAAAUUAUAACUAUCCUGUAUUGAUUUUUUUUUUUAUAAACAAUAAGAAAAAGUUGUUGGAUUUUUUUUUUAAUGAUUUCUUUUUUGGGGGAGGGAAUUUUGUUGCAGUUUUGUGGUGGAAAAUGCAAAAACCUGAGCCAGGUGCAUAAUCUUGUAUUCUGUGGAUAUCCCUGGAGCAGAACUGAAUACCAGUUAAAAUACUUUUUUGGGGGAUACACAUGUGAGAUACUAAGUACUUGCAGAAGAUUUUUGUCUCUCUUUUUAAAGUCACUUUCCUUGGAAUAUUGUGAGCAUAUUUGUGGCCAUUUAAGGUUUGUGUGAUUUUGCUAAAAUGCAUCACCAACAGCGAAUGGCUGCCUUAGGGACGGACAAAGAGCUGAGUGAUUUACUGGAUUUCAGUGCGAUGUUUUCACCUCCUGUGAGCAGUGGGAAAAAUGGACCAACUUCUUUGGCAAGUGGACAUUUUACUGGCUCAAAUGUAGAAGACAGAAGUAGCUCAGGGUCCUGGGGGAAUGGAGGACAUCCAAGCCCGUCCAGGAACUAUGGAGAUGGGACUCCCUAUGACCACAUGACCAACAGGGACCUUGGGUCACAUGACAAUCUCUCUCCACCUUUUGUCAAUUCCAGAAUACAAAGUAAAACAGAAAGGGGCUCAUACUCAUCUUAUGGGAGAGAAUCAAACUUACAGGGUUGCCACCAGCAGAGUCUCCUUGGAGGUGACAUGGAUAUGGGCAACCCAGGAACCCUUUCGCCCACCAAACCUGGUUCCCAGUAUUAUCAGUAUUCUAGCAAUAACCCCCGAAGAAGGCCUCUUCACAGUAGUGCCAUGGAGGUACAGACAAAGAAAGUUCGCAAAGUUCCUCCAGGUUUGCCAUCUUCAGUUUAUGCUCCAUCAGCAAGCACUGCCGACUACAAUAGGGACUCGCCAGGCUACCCUUCCUCGAAACCAGCAGCCAGCACUUUCCCUAGCUCCUUCUUCAUGCAAGAUGGCCAUCACAGCAGUGACCCUUGGAGCUCCUCCAGUGGGAUGAAUCAGCCUGGCUACGGAGGAAUGUUGAGCAAUUCUUCUCAUAUUCCACAGUCUAGCAGCUACUGUAGCCUGCAUCCACAUGAACGUUUGAGCUAUCCAUCACACUCUUCAGCAGACAUCAAUUCCAGCCUUCCUCCAAUGUCCACUUUCCACCGUAGUGGUACCAACCAUUACAGCACCUCUUCCUGUACACCUCCUGCCAAUGGGACAGACAGUAUAAUGGCAAAUAGAGGAAGCGGGGCAGCAGGCAGCUCCCAGACCGGAGAUGCUCUGGGGAAAGCACUUGCUUCGAUCUAUUCUCCAGAUCACACCAACAACAGCUUUUCAUCAAACCCUUCAACUCCCGUUGGCUCUCCUCCUUCCCUCUCAGCAGGCACAGCUGUUUGGUCCAGAAAUGGAGGACAGGCCUCAUCAUCUCCUAACUACGAAGGACCCCUUCACUCUUUGCAAAGCCGAAUUGAAGAUCGUUUAGAAAGACUGGAUGAUGCUAUUCACGUUCUCCGGAAUCAUGCGGUGGGCCCAUCCACAGCUAUGCCUGGUGGCCAUGGGGACAUGCAUGGUAUCAUUGGACCGUCUCAUAACGGAGCAAUGGGUGGUCUGGGCUCAGGGUAUGGAACCGGUCUUCUUUCCGCCAACAGACAUUCACUCAUGGUUGGGGCCCAUCGUGAAGAUGGCGUGGCCCUGCGAGGCAGCCAUUCUCUUGUGCCAAACCAGGUUCCGGUCCCACAGCUUCCUGUCCAGUCAGCAACUUCCCCUGAUUUGAACCCACCCCAGGACCCUUACAGAGGCAUGCCGCCAGGAUUGCAGGGCCAGAGUGUCUCGUCCGGCAGCUCCGAGAUCAAAUCCGACGACGAGGGCGAUGAGAACCUGCAGGACACGAAAUCUUCCGAGGACAAGAAAUUAGAUGACGACAAGAAGGAUAUCAAAUCAAUUACUAGGUCAAGAUCUAGCAAUAAUGAUGACGAGGACCUGACACCGGAGCAGAAGGCCGAGCGGGAGAAGGAGCGGAGGAUGGCCAACAACGCUCGCGAACGCCUGCGGGUCCGCGACAUCAACGAGGCUUUCAAGGAGCUCGGCCGCAUGGUGCAGCUCCACCUUAAGAGUGACAAGCCCCAGACCAAGCUCCUGAUCCUCCAUCAGGCCGUGGCUGUCAUCCUCAGCCUGGAGCAGCAGGUCCGAGAAAGAAAUCUGAAUCCGAAAGCCGCGUGUCUGAAAAGAAGGGAGGAAGAGAAGGUGUCCUCGGAGCCUCCGCCGCUGUCCUUGGCCGGCCCUCACCCCGGGAUGGGCGACGCGUCGAAUCACAUGGGGCAGAUGUAAAGGGGUCCAAGUUGCCACAUUGCUUCAUUAAUACAAGAGACCACUUCCUUAACAGCUGUAUUAUCUUAAACCCACAUAAACACUUCUCCUUAACCCCCUUUUUUUGUAAUAUAAGACAAGUCUGAGUAGUUAUGAAUCGCAGACGCAAGAGGUUUCAGCAUUCCCAAUUAUCAAAAAACCGAAAAACAAACAAAAAAAAAAAAGAAAGAAAAAAGUGCAACUUGAGGGAUGACUCUUUAA